UGCCGCUGUCGCAGAUUCGUGACGAUGGCGACAGCCUUAAACGGAAACUUCAUCACUGUAAAAUACUACACAUGGGAUUUAUUAAUGUUAUAGUUAAAUAUAAGCAAUGGCAUCUAAGUUAUAAUGCUUAAUAUUACUAAUGCGAAGCGUCAGCCCCUGCUGUGAUGUCUCCAACCAUGUCUCAGAUCAAUGAUCCAAAGGUUGCUUUUGCCUACCUGCGCCCAGCCUGCGUCCUACUCACCAAGGAGCCCACGGUGGCUAACGUGGAGACGCUCGGUGAACAGUUAAAAGAAAUUCAUGACGCUUCAUUGCAACAACUGCAAGAGUACGUCCUCUUCCCUCUACGCUUUGUACUUAAAGUCCCCCAGUUGAAGAAGGAGAAGCUGGUGCAGGCUGUGGCUGAGGCUCUCAGCUAUGUUCUGGAGAAGACGUGUGUCCAGAGCUGGGACACCCUCCACGAUCUUUUCUCAGAGCUCUGCCUCUGCCUCUGUUCUCCCACGGAUCCAGGAAAACCUGCAGAUUUGUCAGAGGAGCUGAAAUCUGCUUUGCUCAGGUGCCUGGAUGCUCUUCUCCACGCUGCUUAUGGGGAUAUAGUUUUCAAACUGUAUGAGCCCAUCAUGCUCCCUGGACUCGGUGCUGCUGUAUCGCUGCUGUUGGCUCUAGGAGAGAAAGAGAAAUCCAGAGAGGUACAAGCAGCUGCUCUAAGGUGCCUCGAGUCUUUGAUUCUACAUUGUGAUUGCACUCAGGAACACGUGAUUCCAUCUUCAGACGAGCGAUGCUCUGUAGGCAGCACCAUGGCUUCGUUCUUACCUGGAAUCGCUAUGGCUGUGUCCAGGAUCAUCACAGGCAACCUGAGACAAGGCCACGCUGUUACAGUCAGGGCUAUCAAGGUGUGGUGCGGGUCCGUGGGUUUGGUCAUGGAAGACGCUCAGCUGCAGAGCAGUAAAGCCUGUGAGACUCCCUCCCAGGAGCUGGGCAGGAUCGGACAGCUGGUGGUCCAGCGGGCUCCGGAAUGGGUGAAGAGUACAGCAGGGAAGCUCUCUGUGCUGCUGAAGAAGAUCAUCUCCUGCACCUCAGCCCACCGGCACUGGAGGGUGAGACUGGAGAUGGUGGAGCUGGCGGACCAUCUGCUGGUAGCGUGUAGUCAGUCACUGAGAGAGUGUGUGGGGUUGCUGCUGGAAGCGCUGGUAGGAGCGGUCAAUGAUGAGGAGCCCAAAGUUAGAGAGAGGUGUGAGGCUGCUCUUAGAGAGAUCUCACAGAGAAGUCAGAGCUGCAGUCGGAGCAGUGACGGUACCAGUCAGAACCUCGCUGAUGUCCUGUCUGAGAAUCUCCACUCUUUGGCCACCUCUCUUCCUCGACUGAUGAGAACCUCUAACGACCAGAAGAAGCUGUUUGUCCUCAAAGUUUUUCUGGGUUAUUUCAAAGUUCUGGGACCUCUUGUCUCUGUGGUUCUGAACUCUGCUGCACAUCUGGAGCGGAUCUCUAAAGCGCUGAUGCAGGUGCUGGAGUUGGAUGUGGUGGAUGUCCGUAUUGUGGAGGAAAGGAGUCACGGUGAGAGCUUAGAGCGAAGUUCAGGCUCUGAAGGCUCCUAUGCCGCUCACAUCCCCCAGAAGCAUUUUCUGUACUUCACCGAUGAGAAGAUCUUCUCUGUGCUCAUGGAGAUCUGCCGGACUUUAGGUUUCUAUGGUAACAUCUACCUGCUGACUGACCACUUCUUGGAUCUGUACCGUCAGUCUCUGGUAUACAGAAAGCAGGCUGCCAUGGUCCUGAAUGAGAUGGUCAGAGGUGCCGCAGGCCUCGCCAUGGCAACAGGGGCUCAGUGUUUGGACAGUGGAGUUCAGGGACCCUCUGCUUCGCAGGAAGACCUCAAAGUGGCGGCGGUGUCAAUCAUGGAGGAAUACACCAGUCUGACUAACUGGAACCUGAUCACUACAUGUGAGGAGACGGACGGAGAUCGUCAGGAUCAGCAGCUGCUAAGCCCUUCCAGACUCCUCUCCAUAUCCAUCAGUGAUACCACCGCCAUCGCUACAAACUCUCUUCAACUGAUCCCUUCUUCAUCCGGCCCCCCUCCACCCUCGAUGACGACCUCGACCGUCCACCAGCUCAACAGCAACAUCUGGCAGCUGUGCAUCCAGCUCGAGGGCCUCGCCUGCCUCGCCCAGGCACUGGGAAGGGACUUCCGUCCACUUCUGAUGACCUCACUCUACCCCGUGUUGGAAAAAGCUGGCGAGGAGACGCUGCUGGUCAACCAGGCAGCGCUGAGCUCCAUGAUGUGCAUCAGUCAGGCCUGUGGCUACUCCUCCCUGAAGGAGCUGAUCAAUGACAACUCGGACUACCUGCUUAAUGACAUUUCCCUCAACCUCCAGAGGCUCAGCCAGCAUCCUCAGGCUCCGCGGGUGCUGACGGUGAUGCUGGCCCACUCCGACUCCAGCCUGCUGCCUCUGAUCAGGGACGUAGUUCAGGACGUGCUGAUGGCUCUGGAUCUCAGCUACAACCACUCAGCUGCUCUUUUCUGUUCUGUGCUUCAUGCGCUCAUGAAGGCGCUGGCAAGAUGGUUUCCCGUCUCACGCUGCAGGACCGGUGGGUCUGCCAGAUCCAAGACCUCCACUGACGAUUUCAACUGUCGCCAGUUCCUGCUGGAUUACCAGAAGCAGAAAGACCUGGCGGAGGGAGUCGGGAUAGAAGUGGAUGACACCGAAGACCUUGAGGUUCCUCCUGCUUCAGAGGGUGAAGAUGCUGAAGACAUCUGUGGUCCUGAUGAGAAAUCUGAACUUCCGUCCCACCUCAUCAUCACUAAAGAGGUAGCGGAGCGCUGCGUUCACCUGCUGUCUGACCCCCGUCUCCAGCUCCGGCUCAAGGUUCUGGAGGUUCUGGAGCUGUGUGUUUAUGUGCUGAGCGAGAGAGAAAACGAGCUGCUUCCUAUGGCGCACCGCUGCUGGCCGGUUCUCCGUCAGAGACUCACGGCCGACGACCCUCUAGCCGUCCUCAGAGCCUUCAGGGUGCUGUGUACUCUGGGCGAGGCGUGCGGGGACUUCCUGAGGAGGAGGGUUUCUAAGGAGGUCCUGCCCAGACUCACUUCCUCUCUGACUCGGCAGGCUCCGGUCAGCGCCAAGGCCGGCCCAGUCUACACACACACUCUGGCCUACAAACUGCAGCUGGCUGUGCUGCAGGGCCUGGGCUCUCUGUGCCAGCGACUAGACCUGGGCGAAGCAGACCUGGACGCUGUUUGUGAAGCCUGUCUGCCCUACCUGAGCUGUCGGCAGCCUGUCAGACUCCAGGAGGCUUGUUUAAGCGUUUUCCAACACUUAAUCCAGGUGGAUCCGGAUACUUUUUGGUUUACGCUAAACGAGCUGCACUGCCCGUGCUCCUACACGCCACCCCACCCCGACCUCCCUCCCAUACAGCUGAGCGGGAUGGGUAGACCCAGGGACGAGUACUCGGACAACGUGCUGAAACUGCUGAGGGAGGAGUUUGGCUUGUGUGACGGGUCGGUCUGCUAAAUGAGGCGGCGAUCAACGCGACUGGAUCGACCACUGACCCAGUUUAAUGCCUCGAGAGACAACUUGCUGAAAAGCAGCCGUGAAACUUGUCUGUGAUCCACUUCCUGGUGUGUGUAUCUAAGAGGAAUGGAGGUAAAAAGAUACUCGUUCGCUUUGCUGUGGGUGUUCAAACCAGGAACGAAGAUGAUAGUUUCUCCAUGCUUCAUUUGUCUUCUGGACAAACUGCUAUUGUAAAUACAAUCUUUCACCAUUUUGUUCAGAGAAAUGACUCAAAUACUAAGAUAUAUUUUUAAAUAAACAUCAGUUUUACUUUUGUCUUCAGUAA